UUUUGCGACAACCUUAAAGUUUCCUGACCUAUUUGUGCCCGUCUUCUUCCUCCCACUCAAUCCUUUCCUCCAAUCAUCAAUACACACACAAACACGACCAUGUCAGCCCCAACUCUAGCAACAGAGGUGCAAACCUCCAGCGAUGCUGCUGAAAUCUUCACCAGCAACUAUUACCAAGCCAUAAACCGACAAAACAACAUCCUCCCAUUCUACAUAAACUCCUCCCAAAGAUACCCAAUUGCCGCAGACAUCUCCAUCAACGGUGCUGUCCUCCCAACACCAGCCGACUACUCCAAACUCCUCGAAGCGCAAGGCAAAGACGCACACUAUGAAAUCGAAUCCUUCGACGCACACGUCCUCAACCCAAAUUUCACAAUGGGCGCGCCCGAAAACAUCUUCGACAGCGCGAAAAAGGAGAAGAACGGUGACAAGAUGUCUAUCCUCGUUACUGUUAUGGGCAGGGUACAAUUCGGAAAGGGCAGAGAGGCGCCUCAAAAGAUGUUCAACGAGACCUUUGUUCUCGUACCGAACUGGGAAUCUAUGGUCAAGAACCCUCCGAAGGGUGUCAAGAAAUGGCUGGUCAUGUCUCAGAACUUCCGCGCCCUGUAGGGCUGGGCGGAGAGUGAAGAGAUACCGAUUAGAGAGGAAACAGAGUUUGAGAGAAGCUUUGGAAAGAUCAAGCGUGCGUUGAAUGAGGAUAACAGUCACGCAAACUCGGCCAAGAAACCCCAUGGCCAGAAGCCAUAGGGGCAGGUCGUGCCACUCGGGGUAGAAGAUCAUGAACGAAAGAUCCAGAUCGAACGGGGGAGAACUGGACUUUGAUGAGGCAUGAAAGACGAGCCGGUAUCAUAGCACAUAGAACAAUAGGGCAUUCGGAUGAACUCAGAUGAUAGGCUUUCAUCCAAGUAUCGGUUAAUUUAGACAUCAAACCAACAAGUAACUCAUUUUACACCACCAA